AAAUAGUAGAAUUUCAGAAAAUAGUGGGUGGCUUAAUAGAACUUGUUGAUCAACUGGCAAAAGCUGCUGAAAGUGAGAAGAUGAAGGCCAUCGGUGCACGAAAUUUGCUGAAGUCUAUAGCCAAGCAAAGAGAAGCUCAGGAACAGCAGCUUCAGGCUUUGAUAGCUGAGAAGAAGAUGCAGCUGGAAAGAUACCGAGUAGAGUACGAGACCCUGUGUAAAAUUGAAGCAGACCAGAACGAAUUCAUCGACCAAUUCAUUUUUCAGAAAUAGAGGAUUUUAAGAUGGAAACAAACUAACUCGGAGACUUGACCAUUCCAGACUGUUGAGAAUUUCCAAAAUAUGCAAUUUUUCACUGUGUAUGAAUGAAGAGAUGGUUUGUACAAAUGGAAGUGUCUUUUAAUUCAGUGUGAAUUACACUAAACGUGGCAAUAAGGAGGGCUUUCUAACAGAUGUAAAGGCUGUUCUGUCCUUUUGAUUUUAUAAAAGUUUUCUACAGUCAGUAGUUCUAAUUCAAAUUAUAGUUGAAUUAAUACUACUGUUGCUAUAUUAUGUCUCUCCCUUUUGGAAAUGUACAGCUCUUUCAAAGAAAUCAGGAAAUAAAUUAUUGUUUUCAGACCUU